AUGACUCUCGGCGUCGCGGGCGCGCUCCGGUACCUGUCGACAAUGUGGGGCAUCGACCUGUCCAAGGGGCUGCUCCCGGGCCUGCACAAGACGCUGGUCCUGCCGGGGCUGGUCAGCCAUGGCAGCGAGGAGCUGCUCCGCGGCGAGGACGGGUUCUUGACGGAGGACGUCGUGGCCAUGGACUCCUUCAACAUCGUCACCUCAGCCGGCAGGGCCGCGCGGCGGCUAGGGCGGGGGCGGCAGAUCGAUGGCUCUGGAAGCGGCGGAGGCGGUGCUGCGGCGGCGGCCGCGCCGUUCCAGGCGGCGGGGGGUGGCGACGGGGAGGUCUCGGCAGGCGGGCGGGCGCAGGUGUUCCUCGCCGCGGAGAGGGGCCGGCCGGUGGACCCGGUGGUCUGGGGCGACGAGGAGCGGAUGAAGCGGGAGCUCGUGGCGUGGGCCAAGGCCGUGGCGUCCAUGGCGGCGGCCGGCAAGAUGAGCACCACGUCCUCCUCAACGCCGUCGUCGCCGUGGCCGUCCGCUAGACGCAGGGGAUAGUGUACGCGCAUCAGUUCCUUGAUGGAUCGGCUUGUAGAUCGAUCGAUCGAUCGAUGAGCUGAGCCUUCCCCUAAUCCGGUGCACGGUCAUCGGAAUCUUCACUUAAUUAACAGAUACAAGUGCCGAUUCUGGUGAGCUAGAGCGCUAGCAUGAAGGACACCAUCUGUCCACUGCCCACUGGCACAUCAUCUUCCUUCUACUCUUCUUCCCCUUCAAUUCAUUCGACAGGGUCUCCUGUCAUGGUUGUUGUACAUAUGCUGAUUUUCAGAGGAAAGGAGUUCUUGAGAUGUACCGUGUAUUGAGUUUGUACAGGAUGAUAGUGGGACAUGUACAAUGUAAUUUUUCUUCCAAGCAGUUGUAUACGGUUCACUGUUGGAACUGUUGAGAAAGAAACAUGCAUCCAAUCUAACCUUUUGCAAUC